AUGACCUGGAGACACCACUUGUAUGGUGCAAACUUCACUGUAUUCAGCGAUCAUAAGAGUCUCAAGUAUCUAUUCGACCAAAAGGAGUUGAAUAUGAGACAAAAGAGAUGGGUAGAAUUCUUGAAGGAUUACGAUUUUAAGUUACAAUACCACCCAGGAAAGGCGAAUGUGGUAGCAGAUGCGCUGAGUCGGAAGAUCUUGCACGUCUCAGCAAUGAUGAUAGAGGAACUUAAGCUAUUGGAAGCGUUCAGAGAUCUGAACUUGGCAGUAGAAUUGAGGCCGAAACAGAUGAAGUUUGGCAUGGUUGUAGUGACGAGUGAAUUUCUGGAGGAGAUUAAGCAAAGUCAAGAGGAAGACCAGGAUUUUCAAGAGCAGAUGAGGAAGAAUGAAGGCGAAAAGCUAACCAAAGGAAGGGAUGGAUUGUGGAGAUUUCGCGAGCCGAUAUACAUCCCGGAAGAUAAAGAGCUAAGGGAAAGGAUCUUGAAAGAGGAACACAGAAGCGCUUUGUCUUGUGGUUCUAUUUCAAGCAGGAUGCCUCCAAGACAGGACCCCACUAACGCUCAGUUGGCCCAGGCUAUGGCCCAGCUGGCGCAGGUCGUCGCCCAGCAAGUCGCCGUUACUACUGCCCAGACUGCAGCCCAGGCUCAGCGAGAGGCAGAAGAGAAUAAUAGGAGAGCAGAGGAGGAAGCUCGAAGAGCUCAGCGAGCCGAGAGGGAAUUGGCUCAAGAUCAGAUUCGCAUGAGAACAGACUUCAACCGGCACGCACCACCCAAGUUCCAAGGAGAAGCUGAACCCGAAAAGGCUGAUCUAUGGGUUCAGGAGAUGGAGAAGAUCUUUGAGGCACUCCAUACCCCGGAUGCCGAGAAGGUCAACUUGGCCACUUUUAUGCUGAAGGGUGAUGCUGAGUAUUGGUGGCGUAGUGCCAGACAGCUGAUGAUGGCCAACCAUGAGGUCAUCACUUGGGAGUCUUUCAGAAAGGCGUUCAUGGAUAAGUACUUCCCGGAAACAGCAAGGGAAGAAAUGGAGAACAGGUUCCUCAGCUUAAGGCAAGGACCUACCUCUGUGGGAGAGUAUGCUGCAUGUUUGGAAGCCCUAUCCAAACACUUUCGAUUCUUCCAGAACCAGGUGGAUGAGGCUUACCUAUGCAACAGGUUCAUGCGAGGGUUGAGGAAUGAGAUUGAGAAGGCUGUGAGGCCUUUGGGAAUCAGGGUCUACCAACAGCUAGUGGAGAAGGCUCGUGAAGUCGAGGCUAUGGAAAACAGGCAGAGAGGCCGCCCAGAGUACGGAGGAUCAGUACGCCCGGGACAGAAUCAACCGGGAAGAUUCAAUGGACAGAGACCAGUGGGGAAGUUCGAUAAGGGCAAGGCGCCAAUGAGAAAGCCUUACCAGCGCCCAGCUGCCCAAGUGCCAAAUGUUGUGAGGGGAGCAGCCCCUGUUUCAAAGGAAGAUGUGACCUGCUACAAGUGCAAUGAGAAAGGACACUAUGCUAAUGAAUGUGGCAAGGAGAUUGUAUGCUGGAGAUGCCGAAAACCAGGACAUGUGGAGAGAAAUUGCCCGAGUGCUGCUAAAGCUGAGCCAGUGCUGAAUACCGCCAGAGGGAGACGACCAUCUGCUCCAGGUCGUGUCUUUGCUAUUUCUGGCGAACAGGCUGCUGUUACUGAUGACCUUAUCCAGGGUACGUGUCUUAUUGCUGGGACAUCACUAAUGGUUUUAUUUGAUUCGGUUGCCACGCACUCAUUCAUUGCUGAGGACUGUGUGGAGAGGUUAGGGUUACUGACUGCUGACCUACCCUUCGAUCUGGUGGUGACAACCCCUGCCGCUGAUCGACUAGUUACACGCACGGCAUGCUUGCAAUGUCCGUUGGUUUACGAGGAUCAGAAGUUCUUUGCGAACCUCGUCUGUUUAGGGCUCAAAGAACUGGAUGUGAUCUUGGGAAUGGAUUGGUUAGCGCAAUAUCACGUGCUCUUAGAUUGUGCUAACAAGGCGGUAGUAUUCCCAGAUCCCGGUGUUACGGAUUACUUAAACUCGUACAACUUGGGGAAGGGUUCACCGGCGUAUGUGAACUCUAUCGUUGCCGAAGCGAAACAUGAUGGUGAUGUGCGCAAUAUCUUGGUGGUACAGGAGUAUGUCGAUGUGUUUCCCGAAGAUGUACCCGGUUUGCCACCAGUCAGAGAGACGGAGUUCUCUAUUGACAUUGUGCCCGGUACUGGACCAAUAUCGAUGGCACCUUAUCGUAUGGCCCCAGCGGAGUUGGUAGAGCUGGCAAAGCAGUUGGAUGAUCUCUCCUCAAAGGGAUUCAUUCGACCUAGCUGUGUGGAUUACCGGCAGCUGAAUAAGGUGACAGUGAAGAACCGUUAUCCGAUGCCUCGGAUAGACGACUUAAUGGAUCAACUUAGAGGAGCGGUGAUCUUCUCGAAGAUAGAUCUUAAGUCAAGAUACCAUCAGAUCCGAGUCAAGGAAUCUGACAUCCAGAAGACCGCAUUCAGGACUCGAUACGGGCAUUAUGAAUAUCUUGUGAUGCCGUUUGGGGUUACUAAUGCACCCGCAGUGUUUAUGGACUACAUGAACAGAGUGUUCAGACCAUUCCUGGACAAGUUCGUGGUGGUAUUCAUCGAUGACAUCCUAAUCUACUCGAAGAGUAGAGAGGAACAUGAGGAGCAUCUACGCCAGGUGUUGGGCGUGUUGCGAGAGAAACAGCUAUAUGCUAACGGCUCAAAGUGUGAGUUCUGGAUGGAGGAGGUGAAAUUUUUGGGGCAUGUCAUAUCAAGUCAGGGUGUGGCAGUGGACCCUAGCAAGAUCGAGACGAUUCUGUCAUGGGAGCAACCUAAGACGGCAAGCGACAUCAGAAGCUUUGUUGGGCUUGCUGGCUACUAUAGACGAUUCGUCAAA